UACCAACCUUAUAACAUACAAACAAAAAUCUGUCAAGCGGCUUUUAGAAAGGAAAUAAUUUUUUAAUCGAAAAAAUGAGUGUCAUUAAUAAUGAGGAGCACAGCUUUAUUGCUCCAACAAAGCAAAUUAAAACAUUUGGAGAUAUGAGUAGUUGGGAUAAAUCUGAGGCCUAUUUUGAGUAUUUAGGUUUUAUUCAUGCAAUAAAUGAGUCAGUUAAGGGUAUAAGUAAUUCGGAUGGGAGUAAAGAUCCUUCUCCUGCUAUAGAAAAAUGUAUGGAAAUGUUGGACACAUUGGACAAAAUGAUAGAUGAUAUUCCACCCAUAGAUCAGCCCCAAAGGUUUGGUAAUCAGGCUUUUAAAACAUGGUACCAAAAACUAAAAGAUGAUAUAUUUGAUAUUUUACAAAAACUUUUGCCUCCUACUCAUUACAGAGCAGUACCGGAAAUUAUGGAAUACCUAAAUGAAGCCUUUGGUAAUUCUACCAGAAUUGAUUAUGGUACCGGACAUGAAAUUUCUUUUGUAAUGUUUCUAUAUUGCCUAUUUAGAAUUAAUUUUCUUGUUAGUACUGAUAAAGCUGCAGUAGCAUGUCUGGUUUUUGUUAGGUACUUGGAAAUAGUCAGAAAAUUACAGAUGACCUAUAGAAUGGAACCAGCUGGAAGUCAUGGAGUUUGGAGUUUAGAUGACUAUCAAUUUGUGCCAUUUAUUUGGGGUAGCUCCCAAUUAAUUGAUAAUCCUUACAUUGAGCCUCAACAUUUUUACAAAGAAACCAUUGUAGAAAAGUACCAGAAUGAAUAUAUGUUCCUAAGUUGUAUAAAAUAUAUAAACAUGGUAAAAAAAGGCCCAUUUGCAGAACACUCAAACCAAUUGUGGAGUGUGAGUGGGGUGGCCAAUUGGAGUAAAAUAAAUGCGGGUCUAAUUAAAAUGUAUAAAGCAGAGGUUCUUGCUAAAUUUCCAGUGGUCCAGCAUAUAGUGUUUGGAUCGCUUUUUACCUUAAAACCAGCAAGUUUAGAUGCAAGUAUUAGAGUGCCCCCACUUCCAGUAAAUACAAAGAGGUUUCCAGCAACAUACAGCCAAAAUAAAUUAGAAAAUAAAUCAUCAGAAGAAACAAAUCCAGAAAACCAAGACCAGUAAACGAA